GCGCAACCCACCCACCUACUUCCUCCGCUCCGUCCUCUCGCAGGCACAGAGCUGCCAAAAAUUUCCACCCUCCGCCCCCCUCCCUCGCUAACUUCCUUCCAGCAUUUCCUGAGCUGGAUGAUCCUAGGAUUUGUAAGACAGGAAAAAAAGGAAGGCGCGAGGGCGGGCGAGGGAGACAGGAUGCUUGCUUUUCGCGUUACCGAGGCCGUCUGAAGGCACGACCGCGGGCGCCGGGAGGAGGACCCUCGCCACCCCGCGCCGUCUCCCGCCCCGCGCGGCCGCCGCCUUCCCCGCGCUCGCCCCGGGCGUCCAGAAGGGCGGAAAGCCAAGCUCGCCCUUCCUCCCCAGCGGAGAAAACAGCCGAAGACACCGCGGGAGCCUGUGAAAGUCCCUGGGACUCCAAGUGAGGAAGUGACACUCCCUGGCGAGCCGGCCCGCAGCUGCCAGCUCUGCACGGCCUCCGGCACCGCGGCCCUGGAGGAGCGCGCGGGGGAUUUCAGGCUCCGCGCCGCCCCGCGGGGUCCGUGCGCACUGCCCCGGGCCCAGCUUCUGGUGGACGCCCAUGCGGCCCCCUCGAGCCGCGCUGCAGCCGGUGAUCUAACCCCGGAGACAAUCUUCGGCGCGGUGCCAAGCAGAGGGGAGGGGGACACGGAGGGGCAGCCUCUUUGGGACUAACUCAUGAAGAACAAGGGUGCCAAGCAGAAGCCGAAACGAAAGGGAGCCACCAGCGCCUUUGGCUGUGACUUGACCGAGUAUCUGGAAAGCUCAGGACAAGAUGUUCCAUAUGUGUUGAAGAGCUGUGCAGAAUUUAUAGAGACUCAUGGCAUCGUGGAUGGAAUUUACCGGCUUUCGGGAGUCACCUCAAACAUACAACGGCUAAGGCAAGAGUUUGGCUCAGAUCAAUGUCCAGAUCUGACAAGGGAAGUGUACCUCCAGGACAUCCACUGCGUGGGCUCACUCUGCAAGCUCUACUUUAGGGAGCUGCCCAACCCACUGCUGACCUACGAGCUUUAUGAGAAAUUUACGGAGGCAGUGUCGCGUUGCCCAGAAGAAGGCCAGUUGGCCCGGAUCCAACAUGUUAUCCAGGAGCUUCCCCCAUCCCAUUAUAGGACCUUGGAAUACCUGAUUCGACACCUGGCCCACAUCGCCUCCUUCAGCAGCAAGACCAACAUGCAUGCCAGGAACUUGGCCCUCGUGUGGGCGCCGAACCUCCUCAGGUCCAAAGAAAUUGAAGCUACCGGUUGCAAUGGAGAUGCAGCCUUCCUUGCUGUGCGGGUCCAGCAGGUGGUGAUCGAGUUCAUAUUGAAUCAUGUGGAUCAAAUCUUUAACAAUGGUGCACCCGGGUCUCUAGAGAACGAUGAAAACCGGCCCAUCAUGAAGAGCCUGACCUUGCCAGCCCUCUCCCUGCCCAUGAAGCUGGUGAGCCUGGAAGAAGCUCAGGCCCGGAGCUUGGCUACUAACCAUCCUGCUCGAAAGGAAAGGAGGGAGAAUAGUCUGCCUGAGAUCGUCCCUCCCAUGGGCACCCUCUUCCACACUGUCCUUGAGUUACCAGACAACAAAAGAAAGCUGUCCAGUAAGUCAAAGAAGUGGAAGUCAAUAUUUAAUCUGGGACGUUCUGGAUCAGACUCCAAAUCAAAGCUGAGCAGAAAUGGGAGUGUGUUUGUCAGAGGACAGAGGCUCUCAGUGGAAAAAGCUACUAUCCGACCAGCUAAAAGCAUGGACUCGCUGUGCUCCGUGCCUGUGGAAGGGAAAGAAACCAAAGGUAAUUUCAAUCGAACAGUCGCCACUGGUGGAUUUUUUAUUCCAGCGACGAAAAUGCACGGAACCAGCACUGGCAGCUCUUGUGACCUCAGCAAGCAGGAGGGUGACUGGGGCCAGGAGGGGACACCGGCGGGGGCCGAGGGGGGCUUUGACAUGAGCAGUGACCGAGGUCAACUCCAGAGUGGUCAGGCCCGGUUCCCACCCGAGCAGCUGAAGGUGUUCCGGCCCAUCGAGGAUCCUGAGAGCGAGCAAACAGCCCCAAAGAUGCUGGGUAUGUUCUACACCUCGAACGACAGCGCCGGCAAAUCUGUCUUCGCCAGCAGUCUCUUCCAGAUGGAGCCCUCGCCCCGUCACCAGCGCAAGGCCCUGAACAUCUCUGAGCCCUUUGCUGUGUCCGUGCCUCUCCGCGUGUCAGCUGUCAUCAGCACCAACAGCACCCCGUGCAGAACGCCCCCGAAAGAGCUGCAGUCUCUUUCCAGCCUGGAGGAGUUUUCUUUCCAGGGGUCGGAGAGUGGAGGUUGGCCUGAAGAGGAGAAGCCACUGGGAGCUGAGACUCCUGCAGCUUCUGUAUCUAAGAAGGCAGCUCUUGAGGAUGCCAAGCCAGGACCAGAAGCCGUGAAGACAGUAGAAUGCAGCAAAGGCCUUUCCCUGGAGACAGGAGCCCAGUUGGAGGAGAAGAAAACCUCAGAAAUCUCCCUGAGCAGUCAACAUUCGAGUGAACCGGACAAGAGGCAGGAUCCCGAGAAGGUGGUGGAGGAGGGUCGAGAGGCCGGCCAGGGGGAUUCCGGAGGAGCGCUGCAGGAGAGCCCCAGGGCCAGGGCAGAGGCCGGGUUUCUGCAUGAGAUGGAUGAAGAUGAUCUGGCCAGCACCCUGAUCUGGCCUGAGAUUCAACAGGAGCUAAAAAUCAUUGAAUCUGAGGAGGAGCUGUCCUCAUUGCCACCACCUGCUCAAAACAUCAGCCCAACUCAACCCAUUUUUGAGUCCAGUCCAAGGCCUUUUGCUCCCCCCGAGCCACCUGGGAGUUUACCGUGUGUCUCCACCCCAGCUCCAGUCUCCACUCCUCUGGAGGAGUGGACUAGGGAUCCAGCCAAUCAGAGCACACAGGGGGCUCCCACAGCAGCCAAUAGAGAAAAGUCAGAGACAACUAGCAGUCUCCAUGGAUCUGAGACUGAGAAGGGCCAGCGCCCAGAUCCCACCAGCCUGGCUUCUCUGGAAAUUGUUCCAUUUGAAAGGGCUUCUCCACAAGCAAGGGUCAAGGGGGGAAGCCCAGGGAACCUGUCUCCUCUGAUCCCGCCUGCUCCACCCCCUCCAACUCCUCUGGAGGAGGCACCUCAAGUCCAGGAAUUGAAGGAUGAGCCUGAAAAGGAAGAUUCAUCAAAGAAUGUGAGGACAAAUCCAUAUAUAAACCAGCUAAAGUCCAAAGGCGGUCCUGGGAUCCUUGGUCUUUGUCAGGGAGACAAGUCCUCUCCAGGACAAAGUGAGAAACAAAAGUCAAAGAAUGCCCUUCCUGAUGGAAAGGGCUCUGGCUUUCCAAGCCCAGCAAAGGAGGUGGAGAUGUCCCCACAAGGGGAAGGGGAUGCAGCCCAUUCAGUACAGGAGCCCUCAGACUGUGAUGAAGACGACACUGUGACAGAUAUUGCCCAUCAUGGCCUGGAGAUGGUGGAACCCUGGGAGGAGCCCCAGUGGGUGACGAGUCCCCUUCAUUCCCCUACCCUGAAAAAUGUGCAAGAAGCCCAGGUGCAGGGCCCUCAGGGCCCCCGACUAGAGAACAGGCUCUCCCACAGGCCUGGCCUCCGUCAGAGCCAUUCUCUAGAUAGCAAAACCAUGGCUAAGAGCCAGUGGACUCUUGAAGCUCCUUCCUCCAGCAGCUGUGUGAAUCUUGAAGCAGAGAGGCAUUCUGACCCUCUGCAGCCCCUGGCGGCCAGGAGAGAGCUGACUGGAUGGCAUGAGAAAGCCCUGAGAGCCUUCAGAGAGUUCUCUGGCCUGAAAGGGACAGAGGCUCUUCCCAGCCAGAAGGAACCAGGUAGUUUGCAGCCUAAACCAGCAGAAACCAGCCCUGUCAGCCCAGCAGAGGGAAAGGACCUGGGGGCACCCCUGGGACAUGGCGACCCUCAUACUGAGCAGGGUAGCGUUCCUAGACCAGAGAGCAGCAAGGAGAGCUCACCUAGUGCACAGGACAGCACCUCACGUGGGGAGCAUCCCCCAAAGUUACCGCUGAACAGCACUGAGUGUGGGCCCCCCAAAGGGAAAAAUAGGCCUUCCUCCCUCAACCUGGAUGCUGCUGUUCCCAUCGCUGACUUCUUCCAGUUUGAGAACGUGCCCUCAUUUGGUUCAACUGGAAUGCAGGUCCCUGAGCCAGAAGACCCAAAGGUCACAUGGAUGACUUCACCUCACUGUAAAGUAGACCCCUGGAGGGUUUACUCCCAGGACCCUCAAGACCUGGACAUCGUUGCUCAUGCCCGGACAGGCCGCCGUAACUCAGCUCCCGUCAGUGUAUCAGCCGUGAGAACCUCCUUCAUGGUCAAAAUGUGCCAGGCCAGGGCCGUCCCAGUCAUCCCACCCAAGAUUCAGUACACACAGAUCCCACAGCCACUGCCCUCUCAGAGCCCAGGGGAGGAGGGUGCUCAGCCUCUGGAGGGGAGCCAGGAGGAACCCAGCUCAGCUGGUGGGACUUUUCAGAAACCUGCCAAAGAUGAUUCUCUCUCCUCCUUGCAAAGCCCAAAGGAAGAGAAACCAAAGCAAGACACGGCAGCCAUGGAGUCCUUGCCAGCGGAUGCCACUGCACCCCUUUCCCCAGAACCAGGUUUGGCUAACCCGCUGUCCACCCAGGAUGCAGCAGUGCAGUGCCGAAAGCGCAUGUCAGAGACAGAGCCAUCUGGGGACAACCUUCUUUCUUCCAAAAUAGAGCGACCGUCAGGGAGUUCUAAGCCUUUCCACAGGUCAAGGCCAGGAAGACCUCAGAGCCUAAUCUUAUUCAGCCCUCCUUUCCCCAUCAUGGACCAUCCGCCUCCUUCUUCCACAGUGACCGAUUCCAAGGUCCUGCUGUCUCCUAUCAGAAGUCCCACCCAGACAGUUUCCCCUGGUCUUCUCUGUGGGGAGUUGGCAGAAAACACGUGGGUCACGCCAGAAGGGGUUACGCUUAGGAAUAAAAUGACCAUUCCGAAGAACGGCCAGAGACUAGAGACCUCAACCAGCUGUUUCUACCAGCCUCAGCGGAGAUCAGUGAUUCUGGAUGGAAGAAGUGGGAGGCAAAUAGAAUGAUUCCAGGUCAUUUGCUGGUGUCUGAAAAAAAAAAAGCCAUGACUCGUCUGGGACUUAUUACAGGGCCAACUUAGCAUUAGUCCAGACACAGGUUAUCCACGUUUGGGCUUAUUUUGGCUGCUGCUUCUCUUCAGCCUUUUGGCCACUUAUUAAUUAGUCAGGUAAGGAAGAGGAUGAAACGCUUCCUCCGGUGAGAAAAUUGGGGCUCGUCUGGGUGUCGCAUCACUCCCCCCCUUGCCAUUAUCUAUUACUGUGCUGAGCUGGAGGUGAUAAUGACUUUUGAAAGAAAAGAGAAAUCCUUUGUCUAUUGAAAAAUGUUGCUACUGAGGUUUGAAAGCCUCUUUACUUCGUGCUUUUUAAUGCUCUUUAAAGCAUGUGUUCUUUUAGACCAGUUUUCUGAUAAGCUUUGUAAAAGUGUAGUAUCCGGAAUAGAAGCAGAUUUGGAAAAGCUAACUAAUGUACACGUAGAUCUCCCAGUGGGCAGAUUUACUCCUGCUCCUCCCUGAAAUUCCCGCUGGCCUGCCCAAGAUGGCUCCAUGUACCGGCCUAGAAAAUCAGAAAACCCUACGCAAGAGGAAACUCUGAGACUGGCACAAUUUAUGAAGAAUUUCUGGCUCUGGCUUUUAUUAAUUUGGGACUCAAACGGCCGCUAUUCUGACCUCUGACUUAUAAAUCCAGCACCUGGACAGGGUGGGUGGUGAGCUGAGGGUUACCUAGAGAAAUGUGUCAAGUCUUCCUUUAUGUAAACAAUAGUGAAGUGAUCUGCUUUCAUUCCAAUAUCACAGGCCAAAAACGGUGUCAUCGUAAAGAAAAGCCUCACAAGUAGGCAGAGCUACUCUCCAAGGUGAAUGUUCAGUUGGUGGGGCAUUAGCAGAAAGCACGUCUAGGUCAGCUUCCCUCUUCUUACACACUAGGCUGGGACGGGAGUGGGGGAGAGAGAAGGAAGAGCUCCAGGAGGGGUGGGGAAAGAGCCCUGGCAGGGCGGCCUUCCCCACCACUUGAUGGCCCCUGGCUCUCCUGCUGAACAUGCAUUUCGUGUUAGCCAGUGGGCCCGUCCCUCCCUCCUGCUCCCCGCAUUGCCGAAGGACAGAUUUGAGGCUCUGUUUCUUCCACACACACACCCCCACCCACCCCAGGCACUCAGACUUGCCCUUCUCCUGUCUGUUUAAAAGCAGAAGCAAUAAACCAAUCUGCUUUUAUGUCAGUUAUUUAGAACCUCAAGUGGCUCUUUCCUUUUCAGCUGCAGAGAGGAAAAAGAACUAAUAACCUGCUGGCAGAUUUUUGGUGCUUCCCCAUAAAGGGCCUCACAGGAGCACACCCCAUCAGGGUUAUCAACAUUUCACCUUCUAAGAUAGCUAUCUUGUUUGGAAAAAAACAAAGAAAAGUAGACCUAUUUUUAGCCCUGUGCACCUCCUCUCAGAUUCAAGUCUGGUUGAACUUUGUACAGAAGCUCAGUCAUUGCAGAAAUUUCUCUGAAGAGUCAGCAGUACCUCUGGGCAGACCUCACAACCAAGGCGGUCUGCUGGGCUGGGUAGGAGGUGAACUAAAGUUAUCUCCUCCAGUGAGAAACUGGAAGCUGGUGCCUUGCAACAGACACACAGUCCUCUCUCCCUUCUUGCCUGAUAAGCCUUAGAAACGGUUUUGAAAUCUCACCCUAUACCUUUUAAGCCACUGUCUAUCACAGGGGUACACGUCUCCGGCAGGGACAGGCCAGCUGAUGAGUUCUGCUUUCAGAGGCACUGAGGUGAGUGAGCAGGGGGAGCAAUCAAGAGGCCGUUGGUCGGAGUCUCUGCAUUCUCAUUAGCUGAGCAAGGCAUCAGACCAACAGCCAACGAGAUGUCAACCCCUAAGAAAAGUCCUGGAGUAGAGCAUUUUCCCCCCUGGGGAAGCAAAGUGAAGAAAUAUAGUGGUGACAGAUGAGAAAGGCCAUGUUCUGGAGAUUUGAAAAGUACAUUCCGGCCUUAUCAGCAAGUGUGGGCAGACAGGCUUUCUAUCAGUCUCAGUGGGCUGUGGAGUCUACACUUUGAUGAGGGUCACGUUCCAGUUAGAAUGUGAUAGAGGAAGGGAACUGCACUUUGCAUCACCAUCAGAACUCUGAGCUGAGUAAUGGAAUAUUUAAACUACUUUGUUAUUAUUUUAAAUCUUUGUAACAUGUACAGAAUGUUUUUAUUUGGGCAUAGACUGAGAAGCCACUAUUUACAUGUUAACACGUGAGUCCAAUUUGAGGUGCCCAUGUUGAUUUGUUAAGUGGCCACCAUGUUCCUGAGACUGGCAUCUUUCGUUUGUGGCAUCAUCUUCAGGAGCGUGGUGGGGGUGUGGACAUCAUCAUGUGACACAAUGACCGCUGUCUGGAGAUACUUCCUACUCCGAGCUUUCUGGGCAGUCGGUACAGAAGGCCUAGGGAGCGGACUCACUCCGCAGUGGGUGUGGCGCUGCUGGAGUGCACACCUCUCCUCUGACUGCCUCCCAGCCCGGCAGCUCUCACACACGUGCUCAUGCGCUUCCCACAGCCUGGCGCUGAGGGAACUCCAUUCCGAUGCAAAGAAAACCUACUAUAUAUCACCCCUGAGAUUGUUCCUCCAAGUGUCCUGAGGUUACCUGUCCGGUCACCCACCUGGGACUGAAAUGAGAAUGGCUGGUUGGGAAUCGGAGCCCCCCAGGGGAGGGAGAGGACAGGGGAGGCGCUGCUGUUUUUAGCAGGAUCUACGGAGCGCCCUAGAAAGGGCUGCAGAAUCACAUUCUCUAAGGGCGACUUCGAAUCAACCAUCAGUCCUCAAAAUGGGGUGGGGGGUGGCGGCUGAUAUUAAAUGUUGGAUUUGAAGUGUUUCCUGUCAGCGUCAAUGGUUGCUUAAGAUAAUAACCUAUAUUUAUUGACAAAAUGGCCUUUACAGGCCAACCUUUUUUUUUUUCCCCCAAAUGGACUAGAUAGAGGGAAUUGGAUUUUAUUUUGUUUCACAUGGAAUAUGAAGAGAUCUGACCAAGAACCCCUUUAAGCCCAAAGGGGUUAGGCUAAAAUUCUAAACUGUUAGCCUAAAAUUCUAAACAUUGAUUACAUCAAAAUUCUGGAUCCCGGGGAAAUUAAAAAUGUAAACAUCAUUCCCCUCAACAGAAAAUAUUUAUCAAGAGCUUAAUAAUACUGCACUGGGUAUUUAAGAAUUCUUAAAUUCUUGAAGAGUCUAAUGAAAAGGGGGAGAAGGGAUGAUAGCAAGUGAAACAGCCUGUAAAGAACCAGGAGCAAGAUUUCAAACCAUUAAGUUAUGAAAAUGAACGUGGAAGGGAGAAAAUGUAGCAACUAGCAUCUUUUAAUAGGAUUAUUAGUGUUCAAGUCACUGUGAUCAAAUUAAAGGCAACCGCAAAUCCAAUAGAAAGUGCUAGGGAGACAUUCAGGUGCUGAGAUAGAUUUUUUGCUUUGAUCAUUACAAAAAUUAGAGAGUAGUAAGUAAGUAUAGUUUUGCAUGGUCUUAACUGGUUUGGUUGUGAAGUCCUGUUGGAUCUCUGCAAAUCUGCAAGGUGAUACCAGUGUUCCAUACGUCUUGAGUGGUUUCAGAGCCUCCCGCCAUCACAGAAGGGGUUAACUCCUGUUGAUGAAUUUUAGGUCCAAGGUAAACUAUUACUUUCACGUCUAAUGUUUAGCACAUGGUAAUCACAUUUGACUAAAACUGCAAGGGACAGUCAUUUGUGCACCACAGGCCUUGGGUUCCUCCCUGAAGAGGGACAGGGGAACAAAGAUUCAGUUAUCUGGGAUUGCAAUGGGAGAGGGUCCAGUAGGUCCAAUUCCCAUCAGGAUUGAUUAGAGCCAGACUCCACCACAGUCUGUCCUAUCCGAUGACAAUAUAAAUCUUGGGGUUAAGUGUUGCCAGGAGCAUAAUUUCAGGCACUUCCAACAGGAAGCUCAGCUCACAAUGCGGAAUAACAAAGAAUGUGUCCUCGUCGGCACCUUUUCCAGCAAAGACAGGCCAGGAGAGGGAGUGAACACCUUUCCAAGCAUGAAGAGGAGUGGGAGACAGGAGGAGGCGAAUUGCCUGAGAUCAGUGUCAGCCCAACAGGAUAAAACUGAGGAACAUCAGAGACUGACUGGCUCCCAGAUCACUUGGUAGCUUGGACAUUUAUGAGCAAGGCAGAGAUCACUUCUCUACGAGGCUGAAGGAGGUGGUUACUAAGUAGGAGAAAGCCAUGAAGUACAUAGCCAUGCAUUUUACUGGAGGAAUCACAAUGCUUUGCAAUAACUUAAUGUCACAGUACUUCCUGGUGUAUAACUCUACAAGGUAAAGAAGCACUUUUUCAAAGGAGUUGAUUAGAAAGCCAAAUGAUUUCAGCUGUUUGUUGAGCUUAACAGAUGUUUCCAAAGAUAUAAUCAAAAUGUUUUUCUAUUAAUUAAAAAGUAUAAAUAUUAAACCUAUCCAUAGAGACAUUUAAGUGUAAUUAAAACAGAUUGUUAUGCUUUUUAAGAUGUACUCUAAUAAAUGAUAUAAAAUUAA